AUGGGCAUCAACAACCCCCUCCCGUCGUCUAUGGCGUCGGAAUGUAAGAAAUGCGGCAAGAUUCUUGAGUCCUUUAUCAACCCUCGUCAGUCUUUCGGUCCCGACAAGGUCAUUCCUCCUUCAAUUCUCGCCAACGCGAAAGGCCUCGCCGUCAUCACUGUUCUCAAGGCCGGCUUCCUCGGCUCCGGACGUUUCGGUAGUGGUCUCGUCGUCGCCCGGCUUCCCGACGGUGGCUGGAGUGCCCCUAGUGCUAUUGCGACCGCGGGUGCAGGCUUUGGUGGUCAGAUUGGCUUCGAAUUGACUGACUUCGUCUUUAUUCUUAACGAUUCGAGCGCUGUCAGAACAUUCGCUCAGGCGGGCUCCCUCACCCUUGGUGGCAAUGUUUCCCUAGCAGCUGGACCCGUAGGUCGCAAUGCUGAAGCCGCUGGUGCUGCUUCUCUUAAGGGUGUCGCCGGUAUCUUCAGUUACUCCAAGACCAAGGGUCUCUUUGCUGGUGUGUCCCUCGAGGGAUCCGCCAUCAUUGAGCGUCGCGAUGCCAACGAGAAAAUGUAUGGUCAGCGCUUCACUGCACAACAGCUACUCACCGGCUCUGUGCGACCACCUCCCCAGGCCGCCCCUCUCAUGAACAUUCUGAACUCGCGCGCCUUCGGCGGCAUGCGCGGCGGCAAUGACGACGCCAUGUACAACGAUGCCCCCGUAUACGAUGAAUCGCACGACGAUGUUGUGUGGAAUGGCCGCCGAGGAUCUGCGAUGGGUGAGGGCGUGCAGCGCAAUAACACAGGCUUGCAACACGAUAGUUUCGGAAGACCAAGCCGUUCGAACACAUGGCAGGACGAUGUAUACGACAGACAAGGCAGUUAUGGCGGACCUACACGCUCCAAUACAGUUGCCAGUAGUGGUGGUGCAGCCAAUGACUAUGUUUACCGAGAUAGCCCUGCAGGAGGUUUUGGUGCCGAAAAGAAGGCUGGCCCUGGGCGACCGGCAGCUCCCAAGCCUAAUUUCGGCGCUAAGCAAGCAAUGCUAAAGAAGAAUGAGGCAGUUGCUGUGUACAACUUCGACGCGGAUCAGCCAGGUGAUUUGGGCUUCAAGAAGGGCGAUGUUAUUACCGUCCUGAAACGAACUGAGAGCGAGAACGACUGGUGGACUGGACAGAUUGGCACGAGAACAGGCAUCUUUCCCAGCAACUACGUCAAGAUGAAGGAGUAA